AUGUCAUAUGUCGUACCAUUUCAUUCUACUUUAGGAUUGCAACAUCUUGCUUUGGUUUUUUGCAUGUUGAGUCAUAUUUGUGGACAAAUAUACAAUGCUUUAGUUGAGCAAUGUUGUAUUUUGCUUUUCAUGCUUGUAGGGUUGAAUGGUCCUAUGAUUAUGGAGUUUUUAUGCAUACAACAUAGCUGGGCGUGGUUUUUCUUGGGCUGUUUUGCUUGUAAAUCUGAAAAUCCAUCAGUUGCCGACUCCAGCAACAUUCCCAAAUUGCUUAAGACUCCUUGUUUGCUGUUCCCUGGGGAAUAA